AUUAGCUUUCUUCCCAUUCAAUUCUUCAAUGUCAGUUCUCUUCUCUCUCUCCAAAUCUCAAACGCACUUUGCUUUUCUUCUCUGUUUAUGCAAAAACACAGAUGAAGAAUUCUCUCUCUCCCUUCUUGUUAUGAGACUUAUGACUAGUGCUUUGUUUACUUCUUCUUCGGGACUAGUGAAAUCUCUUCCUCUCUCACAUCUUCUAUGUGAGCAGUGAGAACUGGUACGGAUACGAAGAGUCAAAGAGAGGUUGGGAAAAAAAAAUCCCUAAUACAAUAACGUUCGACAUCUACAGGUUUAUCUUUGCUUCGACUCUCUUUGUAUUGUUCCUAAAUUUUCUCGAAUUAAGUACUCGUGAAUUUCUAGGGUUUCGCUAGGGCUUUUAGAUUUCUGUUGUAGCUUCCUCAAUGCUGCUGCGAUGAUGCGAGACACAGGCUCCGAGUGCAGUGCUUGUGGCUCACAGGAGCGUUGGCUCCUUCACAACAUACGCCAUCGUAGCAUCCAACGUCGGGUCUGCACAUGUUGUGUUUUGAAACUUCACCCUGGAUCGCUUUGUACUCAUUGUUUUGAGGUAUAUGAGGGAUCUCUACCUUCUCUUCACGAGCGGCUUACGUGUUUGAAAUGCUCUUCAGUUUCUCACUUGGCUUGUGUUGGGUUAGAGAAUGCUCGUCAGUAUGUUUGUCCAAGUUGCGUGAACCCUAGCCUUUUGUUUUUCGACGUUGGCGGGUCGAAUAAGAAGAGUAAGGGUACCAAUGGGGAACCGGUGCUUGCUGGUGGUCAGGGGGUGAUCGAUCAGAAGUUGGCAAAAGUUUUCCUUGCUGCUGCUCGGAUUGCUGCUAGUUCAAUGACUAAAGCUGCGGCUACAUCUCGGAUUGAAGCAGAGAGGAGAGUUAAAGAAGCUGCCUUUACAAGGAAGAGGGCCAAAGAAGCAUUGGAACGGGUUGUCUUUCUCAUGGAGAAAGAGAAACAGAAAGAGAAACAGAGAGAGAAAGAGAGGGCGACGUUUGCCCCUGCUUCUGUGCUAGUGAUGGAACAGAACAAGAACGCCAAAGGGAAUAGUGCAGUAACCGCACCUGUAGCAGUACAGAAGCGGAUUCAGAAUAAUGUCAAGACAGAAGGGGAGGACAUGUCUGGAGGGAUUCCGAUGCCUUUGACUAAUAUACCUUCGAGAGAUAAGGAUAGAUGGACUGAGGUGCAAACACCAAAUAUGGUGCGAGGGCUCCUCAAAAAUGGUGUUUCCCUCGAAGACAAGGAUAAACACCAAGGGCCCUCUGCUCCUGUUGUUGUGCGGCAAGUUGAGAACUCCUUGGCACUGAACGAAAAUGACAACCCUAGCAAUUCACUUAAUUUACAUAACCAUGUAGUAAAAAAGGAGGAGAGUAAUGGGGUAUUUCCAGUUUCUCCUGUUGCGGGACAGUUGCAGCAUCCUAACAAUAAUGGUGUGGAAGAAGACACAGGAAAGUCAGGAAGACUUGGAGAUUCCAACACGGGUUCUCAGUGGCCCCAGUCAAAUCAAGAUGCAUUGGGCUCGACAACUAAUUCUGGGGUUCUAGUCACAGGAUCAUCAAAUACAGCGAACUAGCUUCUGUCCUAGUGCUCUAGUCGAUUUGCACAGAAGAGAGGACAAGGGAAAGUCGGGCUGACCCGACAGGGGACUCUCCGAUGCCUAAGUCAGAUCUUUCCACAACAGAUGUUCAAGAGAACUUUUCCUAGUCAAAGAAGUGAUCGAUCUACCCUUUUUUUGAAGGAGGCUUACCUUGAUAUUUAUAGACUGUUGAUGGGGGGAGGAUGGGAGACGUUUGUGGAGAGUCCUGUUAGGCGGAGAGUCAUCGAGAGUAAUGGUUCUCUAAUGCUGUGAAUAUUCCAGAUCCUAGGGUAUACCAGGGGAAUAUUCCCCUCUUUUCUCUGAAAUGCCAACCGUGGGAUAGGUGGACGUCUUGAUGACGUGUAGUGGAUAGAGUCCUAUCCUCGUGGAUAGGGAUUGCGUUUCUUGAAUGUAGGAGUGGGCGAGAGCACGUUUCUGGGAACCUUGUUGUCGGCGUCAAGCCGAGGUGGCAGCACGGUCAGGUGAGAUGCCGAGGUGACAUCCCGGGCUGAUGGAGGGCUGAGGUGGAGGCACGGCCAGGUGAGAUGCCGAGGUGACAGCUCGGGCUGAUGGAGGGCCAAGGUGGCAGGACGACCAGAUGAGAUGUCGAGGUGAUAGCUUGAGCUGAUGGAGGGCGAGGUGGCAACAUGACCAGGUGAGAUGCUGAGGUGACAGCUCGAGCAGAUGGAGGGCCGAGGUAGCAACACGACCAGGUGAGAUGCCGAGAUAAUAGCUCUGGCUGACAAGGUAACAAUGCAGUAUUGAUUAGGAUGCUCCUUGCCUGUGCCGCGGUUAGGGAGAAAUGUCCACAUCACUAAGAGAAAUUGUGUAACACUCCAAAGCAUAUUAAUAUGACCUAAAUUCUACUAUUUCACUAAAAAAUAUUCUUGAAUGAAAAAGAGGUAAAAUAUAUUUGA